CUAGAUCUAGAUCUAGUGAAUCAAGGUCUAGUCUAGAUCUAGAUCUAAAAAUCUAGAUCUUCUACUCUCGACUGAGGCGACUGGCGAUGGCGAAAUGAAGUCGAACCUGCUGCUCAAGAUAUCAUCUGUCUCCUGUUCCACACACAUCUAUGCUGGAGUUCUGUGAGGUAUGACGAGAGAAAAAUGACAAGCGAAUUGAAAAGUUUGUUCCACAUUUGUCUGGAUUAUAUCUCAAAGAGUCUCAACCAUGUGGAAUCACUUCAUGGAUUUCCAGAUGUGGUCGGGAAACAAAUAUUUGAAUCCGCUACUCAGAGGGGACACUUUUCUAACCUGAGGAGUAAAGAGAGUUCUUUGAAAGAUUUACAACUCUUCUUCACUGCGUACGGCACGUCUGGAAUCCUGGAGCGCCUGGACCUUCGAAACUGCCAGCUGUUUCUCAAUGACACGGUAGAUGACCACUGGUGGCUGUAUCACGGUCUCACUAGGCUCAACUUGACUGCAUGUGGCUUGGGGGACAGCCAUGACUUGCUGCCUCAACUGACUACUAUGAACAGACUGAAAACAUUGGUGCUAAGAAAUAAUGGACUCUCUGAUGAAGGCAUACGCAAAAUGACUACAAGGAUGAGAAUGUACGGUCUGUCAUCUGUAGAGUUGACCCACCUGGAUUUGUCAGAAAACAUCAAGAUAACUUCGAGGUCGCUCAAGUUUCUUGUCAGCUUCCGAAAGUUGCAAGUCUUAAAUGCCACAAACACAGCCAUUCGAGUGACUGAGCCUCACUCGUUGUGGAAGCGUCAUGACGACACUUGUCCGGACGUCAUCGACUGUUGGGAGGUUGGCACCUCAGGCUGGGCGGCUCAAGUGGUGGACAGCUGGGUACAGGAGUACGAGAAUCCUGUCACUGGAGUGACCAGUGGACGGUCUGGGGCUAGUCUGUGUCUGAGGCAGACUUCAGGAUCUGACGAGAUCACGACAAGCUUUUAUCCAAAAAAGAGGCUGCCGGUCAACGUGACAAGUUCUCUAGACUCUCCGGCCCGGGGCGUUUCGGGUUGUCUGUUCUUGAUGUCCCCGUUUGUUCAAUGCACGUGUCGACGUCAACAGGGAACUCAGCGUUCAUCUGUUGGUGACUCGAGAGGUCAGCGUUUCUCGCAAGAUUCUCUGGCUGGUCUGGGACUUUACGUGGAUGAAGACAGCGACUUUGAGUUUUCUAUUGCUCCACAUAAAAAGAGAAAAAGGAAAGCUUCGUCAGAGCAAGGAUUGCCAUCUUCUCCUUGUGGUUCGUGUCCCUCUGGUUCAAAGUGUUCAAAAGCUUGUGCAAACAAACUUCGUGGAGUACCAAAGAGGCAAAUGGGAAGUUUUCAUGAAAUUGGAUUAUGUGAUUUCGAGAAUGUGAACAAUUCUGGUGUCUGUUCUACGGAAAGGAACACCGAAAGUGAACGGGAGAACACAGCACAGGACGACAGCGCGUGGCUUCUGUCACAGUACACAAAGGGCUCGCCCAAACAACGCACCUCUCGCAACGCCAAGCUUUCCCUGCUCAACAAAAUGGAUGGCUUUGUCUGAAAUGUUUCAUUCUAUGGAUACACACUUUUUUAUCAGGAAAAGGAUAACCAUACACAGCUUUUCUUCAACUGCAAGAACAGUUGAAAUGUUUAGCUUGUGUUGCUGUAUAUUUCACAUGAUACUCAGAUACCUUAAGCUUGGCAGGUAGUUAGAGGAGGCCUCUGAUAGGUCUUACUUCUUUUGUAUCCCUCUGUUUAGUUUGUCUAUCCAUAUUUUUCGUAGCACUCAGUCACUGUUAUUUUGUCAAUGUGCUUCUCUAAACUCAAACUCCAGGCUUUGCUUAACACCUUUGUUGCCCUAUGAAGUACCCAGUAAUUUUCCGCUUUGUGCAGUAAUGAACGUCACAGAAGUUGUCAAAAUUUGUUACUCCUGGUUGCCUAUGAUGUUAUAUCAUGUGAAUCAUGCUUAUCAUUUCGCUCUAGUUCUUCUGUAUGGAGAUUUAGCCACAAGCUCAGCAUGAGCAUGGAUUUUUUUGAAAUUUUAAAUGUGCAAAUUGGUACCCGGUACCAAAUUUGCUAGUAUCAUAAUAAUACUGCGCAUGUGCACACCAAAAGGUCGCUGGAGGGGGGGGGGGGGUUUGCAGGCUGCUAAAUUUACAAAAAUAAUGGUUUCCAACAGUUUUUAGUACCAAAAUCAUUCUCAGCACACUUUAAAAAACCGUGAAUGUGCCGAAAAAGUCUAGAAUGGGUUUGGGCCUUUUCUAUAAAUUUACCCAAAAAUUUUGAAAACUCAAAUCCAAGCACACACACAUUUGACUCUAGUGAAAUUGCCUAGAUGAUAAAUCUAUGUUUAAACACAUUUUUUAAGCUGCAUUAAUUUUCAUCACCUUCCAAUUUUCUUGUUAUGUCUAGUCCAAACUACUGUUUUGACAAAUGUUAUUUGGUCUGCAAACUGUUCAACUGUUUUAAAAGCCCAAAUGCUAAAUUUUUCAGGAGGAAAAAGGUGCUUUAUUCUUUUUGGGAGUUGCAUCUAAAUCAUUAUGUUAUAUAUGUGGCAUGACGCGGUGUAAUCAGGUGCUUGUCAAUUUUGGGGCAUAUGGAGUUAUUGAUAUCUGAAAGCACAUUUGUCUUGCUUUCGAUAAA